AUGGAUGAAAUCGCCCCAGAAUAUGAUAUUAUCGUUCUUGGCACGGGCCUAACAGAAUGCGUGCUUUCAGGUGUUCUAAGUGUUAAAGGCAAGAAGGUGCUGCAUAUUGAUCGCAAUGAUUAUUACGGAGGGGAAGCAGCAUCGGUCAACAUUGAAACUCUCUUCAAGAAAUAUGGCAAUUAUAACAAAGGAGAAGAACCAUGGAAGAAAUAUGGGCGUGUCAAUGAUUGGAAUAUUGAUCUAGUCCCCAAAUUUCUAAUGAGUCAUGGGGAGCUAACCAACAUAUUGGUUUCAACCGACGUUACUCGUUAUUUAGAGUUUAAGCAAGUGGCUGGCAGCUAUGUGCAGCAGGGCUCUGGUCCCAAAGCAACCGUAGCAAAGGUCCCGUCCGAUACAGCUGAGGCUCUACGCUCUUCUCUGAUGGGCAUGUUUGAAAAGAGGAGAAUGAAAACCUUUAUCGAGUGGAUCGGAUUAUUUGAUGAGAGUGAUUCGAAAAACCAUAAAGGUCUAUCUAUUCACAACUGUACAAUGCGUGAAGUGUAUGAUAAGUUUGGCCUUGAACCAACGACAAGAGACUUUAUUGGGCAUGCUAUGGCACUUUAUCAAACUGAUAAUUACCUGGAAGAGAAGGGUCGAGCUCCUGAAGUCAUUAAACGUAUCCGUCUCUAUGGAAAUUCUGUUUCUCGUUACGGAAAGUCACCAUACAUCUACCCUCUUUAUGGUCUCGGAGAGCUUCCCCAGGGAUUCGCCCGCUUAUCAGCUAUUUACGGAGGAACUUACAUGUUGAACACUAAUAUUGAAGAAGUGCUCUACGAAGAAGAAAGAGCUGUCGGUAUAAAAGCUACCAUGCAGGAUAAAAGUGACGGAUCUUCGAUCAAAUUUGAGACUAAGGCAAAAAUGAUUUUUGCAGAUCCCUCCUAUUUCCCCGAAAAAGUUCGAGUAACCGGUCAUGUUCUUAAGGCCAUAUGUAUUUUGAAUCAUCCCCUGAGUGGGACAGAUGAUAGCGAUUCAGCUCAGCUAAUUAUACCUCAAUCACAAGUAGGGCGAAAAAACGACAUAUACAUUGCCAUAGUAUCUAGUGCUCAUAGUGUCUGUCCAAAAGGCUAUUACAUUGCAAUCGUAUCAACCAUUGCAGAAACAACAGCCAAUCAGCAUCUUGAGCUCGAGCCAGGCUUUCAGCGUCUUGGAAAGAUAGAAGAAAAAUUUCUAGGCCCACCAAUCCCACUUUAUGCGCCUCUUGAAGACGGUCGCAAAAAUAAUAUUUUUAUUUCCAAAAGUUACGACGCCACAAGUCACUUUGAAACUACUACAGAUGAUGUACAAGAUAUCUAUCGUCGAGCCGAGGGAACUGAUCUAGUCGUGCAGGGUUUGAGAGAAGGCACCAAUCUAGUCGGCGAGAACUAA